CACAGUAAAGCGAGUACAGUGCGUUUAUAGCAUAGAGUAAGUAGUUUAUAGUGUAAUGCCGUUGUUUAUGUUGAAUAUUAAUACGUUGAUGAGUAAUAAUAAAUUGUUUCUCUAGUAUUCAAGUAAUUGCUUGAUAAACAUUACAUAUAUUGUAACAAAAAAGUGUUCAUUCAAUUUAAAGAAUCAGUAUUUAAUUUCAUUAAGCAUUAUGGAUGAUGAGUAUGAUGAAUAUCGUCGUUGGGACGGAGAUGUCGACGUUGAGGUUGAUGACAAUGAUGAUAUACUAGAAAAUCCUCAAGAGACUUUAACACAAUGUUUAGAAAAAUUCAGUAGUGCAGAUUAUAUUAUGGAACCAGGAAUAUUUUCACAAUUGAAAAGAUAUUUUCAAGUGGGUGGAACUCCAGAACACGUAAUAGAAUUGCUUUCAAAGAAUUAUAUUGGUGUUGCUCAAAUGGCUAAUAUGGUCGCCGAAUGGCUGAUCCUCGGAGGUGUUGCUGUUGGGGAAGUUCAAUCAUUUGUUGAAAAUCAUCUUAAAGAUAUGGUACUGAAAACAUUUGAUCCAAAAAAAGCUGAUACAAUAUUCAGCGAAGAGGGAGAAACACCAGCUUGGUUAACAGAGAUGAUAGAACACAAAAUAUGGAGGUCAUUAAUUUAUAGGUUGGCAGAAGAAUAUCCUGAUUGUCUUAUGCUUAAUUUUACUAUUAAGUUGAUAUCUGAUGCUGGAUAUCAAGGUGAAAUUACAAGUAUAUCAACUGCAUCUCAACAAAUUGAAGUAUAUUCCAGAAUAUUAAAAAAUUUCAUUACAGAAUCUAUAAAAACAACAAGUGAAAAUCGACAAAAUACAAUUCAAGAAUGUGCUAAAAUGGUAUGUCACAGCCAACAUACAUAUGUUUUUACAUUAGUUGCUCUUCAAGUUUUAGCUAAGGAAACUAAUGGAGGGGUAAACAUGAAAAGAUUUUCUCAAGAAAUAACUCAUUGUGCUCAAGAAAGAAAUGAUGUAACUCCUAUUACUAUGGCAUUAAAUGGUGCUGCUCCAUAUGACCAACCAUGUGCAGCAUUGAGUUCUAUGUUAUCACGAAAUGCUUUAAAUCCUGCUGAUAUCAAUGUACUUCAUAAGCACUAUUCAUCGGCUGAUUCCCCUCCUGUCAGUUUACUUCGAAUACCACAAUUUCUUGAUUUAUUAGUUCAAGCUUUAUUUAAACCUGGAAUGAAAUUGAAUCCAGAGUAUAAACCCAAGUACAUAUAUCUCUAUGCUUAUUCUGCUAGUGUUUAUGAAGUAACAUCUGGUAAAAAAAGAAAAGUUAUUAAUAAAGAUGAUUUAAAAUCUACCAUACAAUCAGUUGAUAAAGUACAUAGUAUUUGUAAUUUGAAUAAAAGUUCAACAGAAUUAAUUGCUGAAGUAGCGACUAUUUAUCAAUGUAUCAGAUUUCCCGCUGUUGCUGUUGGCUUAAUAUGUUGGGUCGAAAGUACUGUAACGGAACCAAGCUUUUUCAAGUUAUGUACUGAACAUACUCCUACACAUUUAGCACUUUUAGAUGAAGUUGUUACAUGCCAUCCGCAGUUGCAUAAUAUCAUACUAAAACUAUUUGUAUCUUUAUUUGAAUCAAAACAAGACGAACUUGAAAUUUUAGUACAUUUGGAAAUGAAAAAAAUGCUGCUUGAUCGUAUGGUAAAUUUAUUAUGUUGUGGCUGUGUUGUUCCAGUUAUAAAAUAUAUUGAACAGUGUUGGCAUCGAGGAGAUACAGAUAUUUCAUUAAUUCGUUAUUUUGUCACAGAAGCUUUAGAAGCAGUGUCUCCUCCUUAUUCAGUUGAAUUUGUUGAUUUAUUUCUACCAAUUGUUGAAAACGAAGAAAUUACUGGUACAAUGAGAUGUGAUGGAGAUAAUGAUCCAGUUUCAGAAUUUAUUGUACAUUGUAAAGGAAUGACAAUGUGAAGUUAUUCUAUAUUGUAAGAUAUUAUUUUUAAAACAAGAACAAUACGAAGAAUUCAAAUAAAUGUCCCAUGUAUUAUAUACUCAAGUUUAUAUACGUGUAAAAAUAUUUUAUAACUAUUUAAAUGUAUUCCUCACCUUACAUUUUUAAGUUUAGUAAACAA